UCCUCUGCGUCUUGUUUUCUCGGGAAGCACCGUCGACUUCAGGCCCUAGCUGGCUGGCCGCCAAGUAUGGUGCCAAGCUACCCCACCACUGUCUUCGGACGGCGCGCCAAUCACUGCCGGCCGGAUGCAAGAGAAUCUUUAACUGGCUGCAAGCCCUUUGACAUCCAGACCACCCGGCGCGCUGGGACACCCUCCCGCGGAAGACCGACCUGCCCCUCACUUCCCCUCUCCUAUCCGGUACAUUGAGCAAUUGAACAUUGUUGCAACCAGGAUUUCAAGCAGCAACGUGCAUCUCCACCAAACAUCCACCGACGUCGAAGCGAUCAUCACCAUGGGCUGGUUCUGGCAGACCUCCUCGUCGCCGAAGCCCGAGGGCUCACGCGACAGUGCAUCCCCAGCAUCGACCACUCCCACACCACCAACACCGACUGCACCAACCCAAGCACCACCUGCCGAGGCCUCGUCUAACUCAGCCGACCGCGAGAUGGCUAUGUUUAUGGACAUGCUCCUGAAGGACACCCAAUCGUCCUCUCAACCCAAGACCCAACAACCACCACAACCACCACCAUCCAAUUCCUCCUCCUCCUGGCUCCCCUGGUCAUCCACAAAACCCGACGACACCCCCACCGCCGAACAACUUGCCCCCCCAAAAGAGACGCGCACCCCCCAAUCCCUCGCCAUGUCCGAGCACCUCCUCCCGACCAGCAUGUCCUGCCGCGACGCAUUCGACUACGCGUGGCACUGCCACACGCCCGGAUCGCAAUGGAACGCGGUGUACCGGUACGGGUCCGUGCGGGCGUGCUCGGAGCUGUGGGACGACUUCUGGUUCUGCAUGCGGACCAAGUCGUACUCGCCCGAGCUGAAGGCGGCGGCGGUGCGCGAGCACUACCGGCUCAAGGAGGAGGCCAAGUACGGCGGCGGCCGGCCCAGCAGCGAGGACGUGUGGGCGAGCCGCGAGGAGCGCGUCGCGCCGGGGACCGCCUUCCAGCAGCGCUUCGAGGCGCCCGCGAUAGACGAUGCCGAGCUGCAGAGGAUGGAUGCCGAGCGGCGGAGGCAGAUUCGGGAGAUGACGGAAGGGGCAGAGGGGAAUAAUAGAUAGUGAUCAUAGGAAGAAGGAGUGACAUGGACUCGGCUUUGAUAGUUUAUUAGCGACCUAAUUCCAUCUCUACUACUGAUACCCAACCGCACAAUGAUUCAUGAUCGGACACCAAGCGUCCAUGUAGCUAGGGUGCGAUGAAUGGAAAGAACUACGGACUAUGAACAAACUCAGCGUAUGCAUAAGGAAAGGAAACCCUCGCCGUUCUUACUACGCCCUAUGAGAAAAGCGGACGGCUCCGCCAAUACCAACUUAGACUCCGGCGCCCCAGCUCAGUUCACACGGAAGGAGAGGAACUCUCGACAUGUCACAAGCA